CAUUUGCCUUGUGCCUUUUUUACAAAAAUCUAAACAAACAAAAAAAAAAUCUCAUUGUUAAUUACGGCUCUCUUUUUGCUCUCAAAAUUCCCCUUAAAAUAUGUCGGUUUGGUUUUGUAUAGAGUUGCACCAUGAUUUACGGUGAGCUUGGGCACUCUUGAAGAUGAAAGACAUGAAAAUUCUAGUUUUGAGGUGGGAUUUUGGUGCUGAAAUGCAGCACUUUCCUUAAAGAUUCUAACUGUUUUAGCUUCUAAAAGUUGUUUGUAAUUAGGGAUGUUUGAUGGAGGCAUGACUAUGUGUUUCCAUACUGUAAACUGCCCCCAAAUAUUAGGUAACAUAAGCAAAAACAGAAGUAGGAGUAGAACAAAGUUGAACCCAUGUUUUGCAGUGAAGGUGUGUUCAAUUCUUUUACAAAGUGAUGAGAGUGGAAACCUAUCAGAGUCCAAAAAGAUAUCAAGUUCAUAUUCAGCACAAGUAAAACCCCAAGCUCAGAAUUCCCUGCUUAGCCAAGCAAACACUGUAGGUAUAAUUGGAGGGGUUUCUGUUCUGUCCACUCUUAUUUUCCUGGAGAAACUUGUGUGGUGGAGCUCAAGAAAUGGAGAAGAAAGUGUGCCUUUUGUAGUUUGCAGCGAUCCUUCCAUAGAUGGGGCACUUGCUUCUCAAGCUUCAAUUCAUUCAUCUUUCGAUGAAACGGCUCAAAAUGAAGCGAACCAUGAAGCUAUUGUCCGGAAUUUGAGGCACAAAAGAGUGUUCCUUGAGCAGUCUGGUGCUAGCUGCAUAGUUAUGCCGUGCCAUAUCUCAAAUGCAUGGCAUGAACAGAUAUCAGAGGGCUGCUCACUGCCAUUUUUUCAUAUUGGUGAAUGUGUUGCUAAGGAGCUCAAGGAAGCAAAACUGAAGCCACAUGGUACUGGGAGUAAUGUGCGGAUUGGGGUGCUGCCUGCCACUGAAACUAUAGCUGCUGCUUCUUACCAGGAUCAACUAGAGAAUCAGGGGUUUGAGGUAGUUUUGCCAGACAAAGCAACCAUGGAACACAUUCUAAUUCCAGCGAUCGAAUCAUUGAACAAACGAGACACCGAAGGGGCUCGGAAUCUAUUAAGAAUAGCAAUCCAGCUGCUUUUGAUCAGGGCCGUCAAUGUUGUCAUCCUUGCUUCUGAUGAGCUUCAGAAUAUAUUACCUAGAGAAGAUCCUCUUCUGAAGAAAUGUAUGGAUCCGAUGGAUGCCUUAGCCCGAUCAACCAUAAAAUGGGCUAAAACUGGAAAACAAGGUAUGCAGAAGAAUACUUGCUAGUAUUACACACCCAAAACUUGUGAAAACAAAUGGUGUACUGUCUUGUAAGGAUAUUAUUAUUUGUGUAUCAAGUAAUGCACAGGCGUAUAUGAUUAUACCAGAAAUUAACUGUGAGACACGUUCUCAUGUACAAUAUCUCCCCUGGUUGGUUCCAAUUGCUGAGCCAACAUUUCACAUGCUUGAUAGGUGUGUAUAUAUUUGUAUUUAUAUUCAAAUAUGUACGAAUUACAAGUAAAUUUCGAAGCCAUGAACUGUUUCUAUGA